AUGACGUCGUCGACUUUGAAUUCGCUGGAGACGAACAUCGACGUCGUAGACUACUACAAGAUACUUCAAGUGUCACGUAAAGCGAAUGACGAGGAAUUGAAGAAGGCGUACAAAAGACUGGCGAUGAAGUGGCACCCAGACAAGAAUAAUCAAAGUCCCUUGAAGAUGAAAGAAGCAGAGACCAAGUUCAAACAGAUAUCAGAGGCUUACGAUGUUCUCGGAAACCCUAUGAAGCGAAAGAUCUAUGACGAUGGCCAAAUAAGUCCUCUUAUAAAUAAUAAUAUGACGACGAAGACGACGACCAAUACGAAUUCUACUACUAGGAAGCGGAAGACCUGUGAUUUUGGUUCUCAUCAGAAUCCUGUCAAUAAAUUCGAAAGGGUUGAACUGAGAAAUCCUGAUGACAUAUUGAAAGCCGCAACCUCAGAACACAAGCUGGUUUUCAGCCUCGACGAUCUUUACAAGGGCUGCGAACGAAGAUUGAGAAUCUCAAGGAAUGUUAUUGAUGCUUUUGGAAACAUGAUGACUGUUGAUGAAAUAUUGACUAUAGACGUGAAGCCUGGUUGGAAGAAGGACACUAAGAUAACUUAUCCUGGAAAAGGUAAUCAAGCACCAGGAUUUCCUUGUCCUGCUGAUCUGGUAUUUGUGGUGGACGAGAAACCUCACGCCAUUUUUAAGAGAGAAGGAAAUGAUUUGGUGACCACUCAGAAGAUUUCACUUAUAGAGGCUCUCACGGGAAAGACAAUCAAAGUUACAACGUUGGAUGGGCGAGAAAUUGAAGUUUCUGUCACAGAUAUUGUGAAACCAGACACUGAGAUUGUGAUCCAAGACGAAGGCAUGCCAUCCACAAGUAAACCAGGCACAAAAGGAAACCUCAGAAUUAAGUUUGAUAUAAUUUUUCCUACGCAGCUUACUGCUUCGCAGAAGAGUGAACUGAAAAAUAUUUUUAGUCUAGUUGAUAAUUAA